AUGGAUGGGAGGUUAGAGGCUCUCUGUGCAUGGAGCCUGGGACAGGCCAUUGUUCAUCGUCUCUGUGACAGCCCUCUUUCUCAAGAGAACCCUUUCAUCACCACUUUUAGCAUUUCUAUGAACCCCAGUGUUCAUGAUGUCGUGGAGACUAAUUUGGUGGCUUUUGACUGUCACUGGAUCAUUAUAAAUGAGGAAAUAAAUGAUGCGGAUGUGCAGGAGCUGGUGAGAAGGUCAAUUGGAAGGUUAACAAUUAUUCGACAGACAUUUCCAGUCCCCCAAAACAUAAGUCAGCGCUGUUUCCGUGGCAACCACAGAAUAUCUUCAUCACUGUGUGAUCCGAAGGACCCUUUCUCCCAAAGCAUGGAGAUCUCAAACCUGUAUAUAUAUGACACUGUCCUCCUGUUGGCGAAUGCCUUUCAUAAGAAGCUGGAGGACAGGAAAUGGCACAGCAUGGCUAGCCUCACCUGCAUCAGGAAGAACUCUAAGCCCUGGCAAGGAGGACGAUCCAUGUUGGAAACCAUCAAGAAGGGUGGAGUGAAUGGCUUGACUGGAGAACUGGAAUUUGCAGAAAAUGGGGGGAAUCCCAAUGUGCAUUUUGAAAUUUUGGGGACAAAUUAUGGAGAAGAUCUUGGCAGAGGCAUCCGCAAGCUCGGCUGCUGGAAUCCCAUCACUGGUCUGAAUGGGUCACUAACAGACAGAAAGUUGGAGAAUAACAUGAGAGGAGUGGUUCUGCGUGUGGUGACUGUGCUGGAAGAACCCUUUGUCAUGGUGUCUGAAAAUGUUCUGGGAAAACCAAAGAAGUAUCAGGGCUUCUCGAUAGAUGUGUUGGAAGCCUUGGCCACUUACCUUGGCUUUAAAUAUGAAAUUUAUGUUGCACCAGAUCACAAGUACGGGAGUCCUCAGGAUGAUGGGUCAUGGAAUGGACUGAUAGGAGAACUGGUAUUUAAGAGAGCUGAUAUAGGGAUCUCUGCCCUAACCAUCACCCCUGACAGGGAGAACGUGGUGGACUUCACAACGCGUUACAUGGACUACUCUGUGGGCGUGCUGCUUCGAAAGGCAGAGAAGACAGUGGACAUGUUUGCCUGCUUGGCACCAUUUGACCUCUCCCUGUGGGCAUGCAUAGCUGGCACUGUGCUGUUAGUAGGGCUACUGGUCUACCUCUUGAACUGGCUCAACCCCCCGCGCCUUCAGAUGGGAUCCAUGACCUCCACAACCCUCUACAACUCCAUGUGGUUUGUGUAUGGAUCCUUUGUGCAACAAGGAGGAGAGGUUCCAUACACAACCCUGGCAACUCGACUGAUGAUGGGAGCUUGGUGGCUUUUUGCUUUGAUUGUCAUCUCCUCCUACACGGCAAACCUAGCAGCUUUCCUCACCAUCACGCGCAUUGAGAACUCCAUCCAGUCUCUCCAGGAUCUCUCAAGACAGACGGAUAUUCCUUAUGGCACUGUCUUGGACUCCGCAGUCUAUGAGCACGUCCGAGUGAAAGGAAUGAAUCCUUUUGAGAGGGACAGCAUGUAUUCCCAAAUGUGGCGGAUGAUUAACAGAAGUAAUGGCUCAGAGAACAACGUCAUGGAGUCGACUGCAGGCAUUCAAAAGGUGAAAUACGGGAACUAUGCCUUUGUAUGGGACGCAGCAGUACUGGAGUACGUGGCCAUCAACGACGCAGACUGCUCUUUUUACACGGUCGGGAACACUGUUGCGGACAGAGGAUAUGGGAUCGCACUGCAGCACGGCAGCCCCUACCGAGAUGUUUUCUCACAAAGGUAA